UGGACUCAACGGGGUGGAAAAACAGAACACUUUUGGGACGAUAUAGGAACUUUUUUUUCCUUGAGUGAUCUACCACAGAUACUACCUCUACUUCAAAACAAAUGUUUUUAAAUACAGCUUUAAUUAGUUUUGUCUGUGUCUGCAAUUCUAAGUUUGCAGAAUUUGCAUGUCUGUUUUGUGUGAAUUUUCAGAAUUGAAGCUUGGAGGUUGUUAUUUCAAAAGAUUUGGCUUAAGAAAACUAAAGAAGAGGAAAAUAUGAUUGGGCAUAAAUUGUAUUAUUCUGUUUUUCUAAACUUAAUUAAAAGCAAUCUUGAAUGGCUGUGCUUAAUCAGAAGUCUGUCUUGGAUAUGAUUAAGGAGUUCAGAAGGAAUUGGCACACUCUUUGUAACUCUGAGAGAACUACUGUGUGUGGCGCAGACUCCAUGCUCUUGGCAUUGCAGCUUUCCAUGGCAGAGAACAACAAACAGCACAGUGGAGAAUUUACAGUCUCUCUCAGUGAUGUUUUAUUGACCUGGAAGUACUUACUACAUGAGAAACUGAACUUACCAGUUGAAAAUAUGGAAGUGGUUGACCAUUAUGAGAAAAUUAGGAAGAGUUAUGAUGACUUCUUGAAAAAUAGUAAUAUGUUAGAUCUGAUUGAUGUUUAUCAAAAAUGUAGAGUUUUAACUUCUAAUUGUGAAAAUGACAAGAUAUCACCUAGUCAAUUACGGGAUUUUCUGUCUGGCAGACAGUAUACGGUAGAUGAUGAAAUUGACCUUUGUUUACCAACGUCACCAAUGAGUGAGCACCAACAGGAUACUGAAAAGGUGCGGACACUAGCAAAAAAAAUUAUCUUCUCUUACUUAAACUUGCUAGUGAAUUCAAAGAAUGACCUGGCUCUGGCUCACAUUCUUAAUAUUCCUGACAGAGGACUUGGAAGAGAAGCCUUCACAGAUCUGAAACAUGCUGCUCGAGAGAAACACAUGUCACUUUUUUUGGUGGCUACAUCAUUUAUUAGGACAAUAGAACUUGGAGGGAAAGGAUAUGCACCAUCACCGUCUGAUCCUUUAAGGACACAUGCAAAGGGAUUGUCUAAUUUUAUUAAUUUCAUUGACAAAUUAGAUGAGAUUCUUGGAGAAAUAUCAAAUCCAAGCAUUGCAGGGGGUCGGAUACUGUCCGUGAUAAAGACUCAGCUGAUGAAAGGCCAGAACAGCAGGGAUGCUUUUUAUAAAGCAGUCGAGGAAGUUGCUCAGGAUUUGGAAUUGAGGAUUAAAAAUAUUAUCAAUUCUCAACAAGGAGGCGUAGCUGUUAGCACCACUGACAUCAGUCCUGCAAGGCCAAAAUCUUUUGCCAUAAACCAUGACACUGCAUACUGUGGCAGAGAUACUGUGAAAACCUUACUUGUUCUUUUGGAUGAAGAAGCAGCCAAUGCUCCUACAAAAAACAAAGCAGAGCUUUUAUAUGAUGAUGAAAACACAAUUCAUCAUGACAGAAUUUCUGUUCUUACACUUUUUAGAUCUCCCUCGCAAGUGAGUAAUUCAUCAUUGAAACCUUUAAGAGAACGCGUCCAAAAGUCAAUGCAGGAGAAAAACAUUAAGAUGAAGCAAUCCUUGAUUAGAUCCCAGUUUGCUUGUACCUGUAAGGAUGACUGCCUGAUAAGCAAGGAUAAAUGGAAUAUUACUUCAGCAUCAAAACCUUUGUGUGUUCUUAACAUGGAAAAUGACCUCUCUGAGGGUGUAAAUUCAUCUGUUGGAAGAUCAACAGUUGGAACAAGUUUUGAAAGUGUUCAUCUGGACAGAAGUACAAGUGAAAAAGUGUCAAGAAAAUCAAGUAGUCAGACAAGAAAUAAAAGCUCAAAAAGGAAACAGGUGGAUUUGGAUGGUGAAAACAUUCUCUAUGAAGAUGGAAAUGAACCAUCUCAAUAUAAAAAUGUAAAGAUAGCUAGGAUACCAAACAAUUCACAGAAUAGAUUAGAUGGCAAAGUACCAAAAGGCAAGUGUACUGCCAAGGACAAAUUGAUUGCUGGCCAAACAAAGUUAACUCAAUUUUUCAGACUCUGACUUUGUUUUUAAUGUGCUUCAAAUUUAUGUAUAUGUAAAACCAUUAACCAAAAAUGCUGAAUUUAAGAGAUUAAGGUGUAAAUCAUGCCACUUUAUUAUUUUGGUCUGAAGUGUAAGGUUACUAUGUUAGACAUUUCUCAAAAAAACUAGCAAGUCAUAGUUCAUGCAGAAUUUUCACAAAGUUUAAUGCACAGAGCAAGCAUAUCACUUAGGUUAUUGAUACAUCUUAACACUACUUUCUUUUAAAACAGGCAAUUUAAAUAAUACACAAGUUAGGGUAACAUUAAGGGCUUCUCUUUCUACUGGCAACUAAGCAGUUUUGUUUUCUUCUGAAAGGAUGAUGUGAACCAACAGAUUUCAGACUUGCCAGCAUGGUCGGUAGACUCUUCCCAGCAUACACCUGAGCACUGAAGGAAAAAGAAUGUACCAAAUGAAUCAAAGUUACAAUAACCAGUUGAAUGCUUUUUAAUUCAUGUUUUUGGCAGAAAUAAUAUUUGAUCCCAAUUCAGUUAAACUCAAGAGUUUUAUGAUAUCGAUAUAAAACUUGGUUUUAAAAAUACUACUCACUGUCAAAAUCUCUCCUUCCUAUAGGAAAUUUAGCAGAGUUUUCCUCAUCCCCAAUUUCUCUCUUGUCUUGUGUUGAUUCAGUAUUCUGAACUCCAUUCUCAGCUGGAAAGGCUACCGAUCCUUUUAGUGCAAGAUAAGGCUUUAGAGCCAGAUGCAGUGGCAGACCAUGAUUUAAGAAAUUAUGUUUGGAGCCUGUGUUCUGUAAAAAGAAGGUUGAUUUGUAUUUUAGCGGUCUUGCUAGAGAUGGAGCUAUCACAAUUUAUAGUAUUCUUACUGCUUACAAAUGCUCUGUACUGUUUUUGACUCCUUAAAAAUACCUUAUAUACAAGUUUAUUGGGAAAGAAACCUAGUAUAUAUGAAAUUAUCAGUUGUCCUAAUGCACAUUGGGACUAUUUGCAUAUACUUCUCUUUGAAAAAUAAAAGUAUCAAUUUUAUUUUUCAAAGGAUUUAUAGAAGUCAUUUAAAUUUCCAUUGAAACAGAGGACAAAUCCCAUUACUACUUACUCUUGAAUUUUUGUUUUCUUCCUCAUUCAUGAAAAUGGUCUCAUCAUUUUUAUAUUGUUCCAGGGAAGGAGCAAUGACUGAUUUUUCUGCGGUAUCUUCCUUCUGAAAGGCUUUUCCCAUCCUAAAUGUAUUAAGUACCAUGUCAUCUUCUAAAUUUCUUAUGGACUUGGAAGCCGAAAGCAAAAUACCUUGAGAAAACAGAGCAAAAGUUAGUAAUAAUACGUAGGAAGAGAGGCUCAUUUUUGCCAUUCGUAGUUUGAUGUUUGCAUAGAGUCGAAUUUGCAGUCAACCUACUUGGUAAAUGAAUCCCUACCUUUAUAUAUUUUUCAGCUUGAAUAGAAGACACUUCAAGUGCUUACACUUUGAUUAUUUCAGAAAUGACUCAUCACAGAGGCUAACCUUUUACAUAGCUGCUAAUACCUGCAUUGUUUCGGUUUUAAUGGCAUAUUUGAGUGAAUUCUCAGAAUCUGAUUAAAAUCCUAGGUAGAAUGCUUUCUGUUGAGUAGAUUAUAGUCUCUUGAAAAUGGGUUGUUAUUAAGGAAGACCACAGGACAUCAGGCUCUGUUAUUGUUUCCUUCUGUGUAUUUUCUGAUUAAGCAAGAUAUUAAAACUUAAGUUACUUUACUCAACAAUAAUAAGGAUGAAAGUUUUGUUUCCCUUUAAUCCUGAUUAAAUUGAAAUAAACUUUAUAAAGAUUCUUGUAUAGAUACUUGAUAUAAUCUUUGGUGAUUAAAGUAAAUAUACUUAAUGUGAAUAAAAAAGCCAGUCAUGUUACAUCUAGAACUGACCUUUCAGGUGUAUUUUGUCUGCAUUUUAAAAAGGAUGAUGCUGGUCUAUUGAUGAAUUUAGUAACAAAAAGAGGUCAUGAAACUAGUGUUUAUGUGCUCCAUAAAUAUGAAGCACAUACAUUAGUUUUGAAUAAUGUGUGUAUGUUGUAUGCAUUUUGACUGUUUCAGAAUUUCUAAUUUUGACCCCAAUGAAUAAGAAUACAUUCUGUAUGUCUUCUGGUACACAUGUGUAAGAGCUUACAUAAGAUAUCUUACUAGGUGUGGGGGUCAUGUAAUGUGUAUGUUCAGCUUUGCUAAUUCUAAAAUGUUUCAGAAUAGGAGUAACUGGUAUUACACCUGUAAGGUUUGAGAAUUCCCCAUGCUCUGUGCCAUUGGGUAUAUCGUUGUCUUUUUGGUUUAUAUUUCUCUAAUUACCAAAGGGUUUGAGUGUUUCAUAGGUUUGAGCCAUUUAAAAUUAUGUAAAAAAUUUUAAAAUAUUUAAAAGACAACUAAAUAUCACUCAGCUUGUGACUCUUCAACUCCUUUGUGGUGUCCUUUUGUAAACCAAAUAGUUUUUUUUAGUGGUUAUUGUUUUUUAGAAAUGCUUCCCAAAAGUGGGAUUUUUUACAUACCUGUAUUUCCAUAUGUUUCAAAGCUUAAGUGUUUUGACUUUCAUAUCAUGUUUAAAUUCUUAAUUCAUCUAGAAGCUUGUGAGAUAGGAUAUUGGAAAACGCAAAAUUCUGUAACAGUAAUUCACCUGGUCUGCACUACCUCUUUGUGGUAUAUAGGAUUUCCAUAAAUGGAUGGAUAUGUUUCUGACCUCUCUAAUCCACCACCAAACCUAUAAUCUUACCAGAUAUUAAAAGUUAAGAUAUGUUAGGUCCAGUUUCCCAGCUCUCUCCUCACCCACCAGUUUUUCCUCCACAGUAGUUUGACUAUUCCUGACCAUUUCUUUUCCAUAUAAACCUUUAAAUCAGCUUUUCUUGUACUGUAUGAAAAUGUGAUGGGGUUUUAAGUGUGUAUUGGUUAAUGUUAGUUUUGGAGAGGAGCUGUUCCCCUUAAGAUAUGUUGUUAUGCAUCAAUAUGGUAGUUUUCUCUAUUUGCUUAGGUAUUUCACCUUUCACAACAUUUUGUAACUUUCUUCAUAAAGAUCUUACAUAUCUUUGUGGACAGAAUUAUAAUUACAUUCCCCAUUUUUGGUAAUUUAAAUGAUAUCCUUAAAAAUGACCUUUUCUAAUACUAUAGCUGGUGUGUGCAUAUAAUUGGUUUAUGUGUAGUGAUAUGACAUAGAAAAAACUGAGUAGAUGAUUCUUUGGAAUUUCCCAUGAAGACAAUUGAUGUAAAUAAUGGCCUCCGUUGCUUUUUGCAAGUCUGUAUUCCACGUGUUCAUGUGUUUAUACACACUGGCUAAAACCAGUAGGAAAUGGAAAUGACAGACAUCUUUGCAAUAUUGCUUAUUUUACAGAAAAGGUUUAAUAUUUUACCACUGAGGAUGUUUCCUGUAGAUUUCCCAUGGACUCUUCCUGUAAAGUACAGCAUGUUCUCUUCCAUUUUUGGAUUACUAUUAGUUUUUGUCAUGAAUUUGUUGAAUCUUAUUGAAUGCUUUUUCUGUAUAUAUGGAGUUAACAGCUUUUUCUAAUCUUAUUCAUGAAGCCUAAUAAAUAUAUAACUGGAUU